AUGGCUACAUCAGCAAGCACAACCUCAACAAGAACUGAUGAGGAGGAGGUGGACUGCAUACAGUCAUUGCGAGUUGCAAACGAUCUGUACAUUGGGACGGCCGGGUACUCGUAUGCCCAUUGGAGGAAAGGAGAGUUCUAUCCAUCCUCUGGCGUGCCUCAGUCCGAAGAGCUUCGGUACUAUUCGGGUGUCUUUUCGGCUGUCGAAAUCAAUGCCAGCUUCCACUUUGUGCCCAAAGAAGAAACGCUACUGAACUGGGCCAAAAUUGCAAAACCAGGAUUUCUAUUCUCCUUCAAGGUACCGCAAAUUAUCACGCAUGAAAAACGAUUGGAGGAGCCAAACAUCAACAGUGAUCUCGACUUCUUCUUGAAACGACUAUCGAAAAUGGAGGAAGCACGUCCGAACUGUUUGGGGCCUAUUCUCUUUCAGCUGCCACCUAGUUUGCUAAAAGAUGUUUCUAAGCUCGAUCGAUUGUCCACCUUGAUACCCAAGACCUUUCGAGUUGCCUUUGAGUUUCGGCAUUUGUCGUGGUAUUGUGAUGAAGUGUACGGUGCCAUGCAGCGCUAUGGAUUUGGCUUGUGUGAUAACAUCUCACCCGAUCAAUCCAAGAUUCGUCGGAAAGGGGUCGAGCAGAAUGUGGAGCUAGCCACGACAGCAGGAGUCUGGCAUUAUACCCGAUGUCACAAACGCAUCAACCAACAAAUCACUAAUUACACGGAUACUCAACUGUCCAAGAUUGCCGACGAACUGGUAGAACGUCGUAGACGAAAGAUUGUACAAUAUUGCUAUUUCUUAAAUGAUCACGAGGCCAAUGGGCCUGAGGCCAAAUAUUUUUAG